CAUCAAAUUACCACGGCCGCCGCCUGUCUCGUCCAUCGUGCUGCCUCGCCCGACACCUCGUUUGCUGCCUGCGCUCAAAACACCAGCACAGCAUUGCUCACUGUAAACGGCACGACAACUCACCCGAAUAUACGAUACUCACUGCCGACAGUCAGGCCGGAGGUGCGCACCCAUCACAAAACGGACAGCGACGUCCGUAAUUCGAAAUCAACCCCCGCUCUCGUCACCGAACCGCGCAAACUGCUCUAGCUAGCCAGAGCCUCGCAAUGCCCAACAAGCCUGAGGAAGGGGGCGAGAAGCCGCCGCCGCCGCCGCCGCCGCAACAGCAGCCCCAGCCCCACCCCCAACACAUCGAGAUCGCAAGCGGCGAGCCCGGAGCAACACCAGAUGACCAGCCAAGUCCCGGGCUGAGGAAUAGCAAGGGAUGGGAUGGCAAGCUGAGGGUCUCCAAGAACGCGCUCGUUUCCAACCCGGAGGCUCUGUCAGACCCAGAGUACUCGGACGACGAGAACGUCAACCCUGGCGAGGUUAUACCAGCAGAUGAGGAUCUGCUCGACGGAGAGCCGUCCGACACCGAGGAGCUCAACAUCACACACUCCCGUGUCCGGAGCAUUCCCAGCCUCCGGCUCGAGAGGUUUAAAAAGGUUGCGGGUCUGUGUCUCCGCCAGAACGCCAUCCAGGACAUCGAGGGGCUCGCGGGCCUAGCAGGCUCCCUACAAGAGUUGGAUCUAUACGACAACCUAAUCACGGGCAUACAGGGCCUCGACGAGCUGGCAUCCCUGACGGUGCUGGAUCUCAGCUUCAACAAGAUCAAGCGUAUCGAGAAGGUGAACCACCUCAAGCAGCUUACGGACCUGUUCUUCGUGUCCAACAAGAUCCGGGAGAUUGAAAACCUUGAAGGGCUGGACAAGCUCCGCAUGCUGGAGCUAGGCUCGAACCGCAUCCGCGAGCUCAAGAACCUAGACUCGCUCAAGGCGCUCGAGGAGCUGUACGUGGCCAAGAACAAGAUCACGGAGCUGCGCGGUCUCGCCGGCCUCCCGCGGCUCCGGCUGCUCAGCAUCCAGUCCAACCGCAUCCGGGACCUCUCCCCACUCAGGGACGUGCCGCAGCUCGAGGAGCUCUACGUGACACACAACGCGCUCGAGUCGCUCGAGGGGCUCGAGCACAACACGAGGCUGCAGGUGCUCGACAUAUCCAACAACCAGAUUGCCAGCCUCAAGGGGCUCGGCCCCCUGAAGGAGCUCACCGACGUCUGGGCCAGCUAUAACCAGGUGGCCGACUUUGCCGAGCUCGACAGGGAGCUGCGCGACAAGGAGAAGCUCACCACGGUCUACUUUGAGGGGAACCCGCUCCAGCUCCGGGGCCCCGCCCUGUACCGCAACAAGGUGCGGCUAGCACUGCCGCAGCUGACGCAGAUCGACGCAACGCACACCCGUGUGACCUGAGUGUUUUUUUUUGUUUCUCGCUUCAUACCCAAAUCUAUACCCGCUUUGGCCGAUGCCUUCUCAAUAUACGCUAUGAGUUACCAUGAACCGUUUUCAUUGUCGGGGGCAUGCUUUGUGCGUCUCCUUCCGGGAUCAAUGCCGAGACAGCGAGCAGCGCGUGAGCCCCCUCGAGUCGGGGUAGUCUCUCCAAGUCGCAUGGGUGGUUGUGGGACGUGGGCGGGGAGUAUGUUUAAUUGGGUUCCAUGUGCACGUUCCCGAAAUGCCUCUGGCUAAUGUAGCAAUACAUCACAGCCCAAUAGGCGACACAAGACAUGUGGCAUACCCGGAUCACGUCACACGCGCUUACCUUUAUACGUAGGAGUCGAACAAGAGUUUAGGUCAUGAAAAUCAUUAACGGCUGCCAAC